AUGCCGUACAGGGUCGCCAGACGCGCGCUGUCGUUAGUCUCAUAUGUUCCCCCUCGUCAGCCGCUCUUUCCCACGUCAUACCGCUUUCCUCGUCGCCCGCAAUUUCCCUCAUCUCCCUCGCCGACCCUCGUCGCCCUCGCCUCUGCUUGUCGCCCGCGCUUCCCGUCGUCGCCCUUGCUUCCCCGUCACCUGUGCUUCUUGUCGUUGCCCUUGCUUCCUUGUCACCCGUGCUUCCCGUCGUCGCCCUUGCUCUCCCGUCACCCGCGCUUCCCGUCGUCGCCCUUGCUUCCCCGUCACCCGCGCUUCUUCUCAUCUCUCGCUCUCCUCCUUAACGGACCGAAUGAGAGACACAGAGGGGAUAUGACACAAGGCCACCCGUUCUCCCACCAGCCCUGCUUCCCCCUUUGCCCUGAUUCCUUCCACCCUCUGCCCUGCUCCCCCCCAUCCCCUUCCCUGCUCCCCCCCACCCUCUGCCCUGCUUCCCCUCAUCCCAUUCCCUGCUUCUCCCCACCCCCUGCCCUGCUUCUUCCCAUCCCCUUCCCUGCUUCCCCCCAUCCCCUUCCCUGCUUCUUCCCAUCCCCUUCCCUGCUUCCCCCCACCCCCUUCCCUGCUUCCCCCCAUCCCGUUCCCUGCUUCCCCCCGUCCCCUUCCGUGUCUCCGUGUUACACGUUUCCUUGUCCCUUUUCCCUGUGUCUCCCCACCCUCUGUUCUUAUUCCUUCACCCUCGCACACCUUCCCGCCUGCCGACCUUACCGCUUGCCCACCUUACCACCUUCCCUUCUCAUCCGCGCGCAGGUGUGCCCGGAAGGUGCACGUGCUGCCUUGUGCCUGCCGCUUGCUGUCCACGCCUUCCAUCCCACCUCUCCCAAACCACGUCUUUUUCUAUACGUGGAUCUCAGGGAUAUUCUGUUCGGCGUGCACCUUGGGUUCCAGGAAAUCAUGUCUCUGCUGCAGAACUUGCUGCCCAUGAGGGGCGGAUGUGAGGAGGAGAGAACGGGGUGUGUGAGAGAUGCUCUGGUGUGUGGCGGCGUAUCUGCCGUGCGCAUGAACCGCACGACUGACAGAGAGCUCAAAGCCUUCUGCCUGGUGUGCUCCUGCAGCCACAGCAAGUUCUGCAGCGGCAAUAUGCUGUCCGCCAUCUGCAGGAGCGCGGGGUGGGCCUGCGAUCCUCACUUGCAUCUCUCCCCGCCCUCCACACCCACUCCUCCCACCUCCAUUGCCCUGCUCCUCCCGCCGUCCCUGCCCACUCCGUUCCCACCCCGAUGCCCUGCCGUUUUCCCCCCCUCUCCGCGCGCCCAGCUGGCGGGCACAGCAGCAGCGCCGCCCGAGGUGGCGUGGGUGCGGGGGCUGGACGCGCAUGCGGCGCCCCUCAAGGAGUUCUCCGUCACCUUCUCUGAGGCCCUGCGCAACUUCUCCGUCACCUUCUCUGAGGUCCUGCGCAGCGUGCGUGCUGUGCUGCCGUGGUUGGUGGGAUACAAGCCCCUCGAGGAGUUCUCCGUCACCUUCUCUGAGGCCCUGCGCAACGUGCGUGCUGCGUGUGGUUCUAUGGGUGUCGUGCUGCCGCUGGGGGUGCGGCUGUGGUCGCACAACCAGAGGGAGAAGUCCCAGGGCCGGGUGCCAGUGAUUGACCCUUUCUCGCGUGAAACACAGCCAUCAGCAUGCCACGGGGUGCCUUUAGGAGGCAUCGGGGCGUGCAGCAUUGGCCGGGGGUUCCAGGGGGAGUUCAACCGAUGGCAGUUUGCAGCGGGGCAGUGCGAGGACGCCCCCGUGGAGGCCGAUCAGUUCUCCGUGAGUCCUCUCAUCUCCUUCGCCCCCUCUAAAUUCUCGUCCGUGCUCUACCCUGGCGUGCCCAACCCAAGGGCGUUUGAGGUCCCUCCAUCUGCAACCGUUUGUCCAGUUCGUUCCGUGGCGCUGCCUCUGCAGGUGUUCAUCACGAGGCAGGCAGAGAGCCCAGCAGACCAACCCCUCAAGUUCUCCUCUGUGCUUUACCCUGGCGUGCCCAAGGGCGUGCGGAGGAAGGCGAGUGGGUCGGGGAUCGAUGCGUGGGGUUGGAACAUGGAUGGCUCGCGCAGCACCUACUAUGCUCUCUUUCCCCGCGCCUGGACCGUCUAUCAAGAGCCAGACCCUGAGAUGACCAUCUCGUGUCGCCAGGUCUCUCCCUUUAUACCCAACAACUACCAGGAGUCCUCCCUCCCCUCCUCUGUCUUCGCUUUCACUGUAGCUAACACGGGCACGACAGCAGCUGAGGUCACACUCGUCUUCUCCCUUGCAGUGAGUCCCCCCUUGCUUGCCCUGCCUCACCUGCUUGCUGUACCAUCGUGCUGCCUCACCUGCUUGCUGUACCAUCGUGCUGCCUCACCUGCUUGCUGUACCAUCGUGCUGCCUCACCUGCUUGCUGUACCAUCGUGCUGCCUCACCUGCUUGCUGUACCAUCGUGCUGCCUCACCUGCUUGCUGUACCAUCGUGCUGCCUCACCUGCUUGCUGUACCAUCGUGCUGCCUCACCUGCUUGCUGUACCAUCGUGCUAACUCCAUAGGGGGGGACUCUGCAGCAACCGGCGGCCAUCUCAACACUGCCUUUGAGAUGGACAGGGGCAUCAAAGGCGUGAAACUGCAGCACAGGUCCUCCAAAGUGGGCGGCCCAGUGACUCUAGCCAUUGCAGCACGAGGGGGGAGUGGCGCCACCAACACUGCUCCUCCCUCUGCCACCUCUGCAACUAUGUCCUCUCCCAUCGCUGCUGACUCAGCCAACGGGAUCGCUGACCCAGCUUGCAGAGCUGCUGACUCAACAAAUGGGAUUGCUGACAGCGGGACUGACGAAGUUCGGGUGUCUGUUUGCCCGCACUUCGUCCUCUCAGGCCCCUGCAAGGGCCUAUCAGCUGCUGACAUGUGGCAGCACCUUGAGAAGACCGGCACCUUCCCCCCCCACCACGAGUCAGCCCUGGCAUCGCACCCCUCGUUCCCCGGCACGGCCAUCGGGGCAGCAGUGGCAGCGUCAGUGUCGGUGGCGCCUGGAGCCACUCGCCACGUGGACUUCACGCUGUGCUGGGACGUGCCUGUUGCGCGCUUCAACCCGGAUAGCCACUACCUCAGGCGCUACACGCGGUUCUACGGGCACCAUGGAGCGGCAGCCCACCUGCUGGCCCGAGACGCUCUCUUGGGGUACAGCAACUGGGAGGCGGCCAUUGAUGCAUGGCAGCGACCCAUUCUGCAGGACGACUCACUGCCUGAAUGGUACCGAGUGACACUCUUCAACGAGCUCUACUUCCUCACUGCCGGGGGCACCGUGUGGACGGGUAAGGAUGGGUCGUGGGCGGGAAAUGGCGAGCUGUGGACGGGUAAGGAUGGGUCGUGGGCGGGAAAUGGCGAGCUGUGGCCGGACGGAGGGCCACGGCUGGAGGAGAGGGAGCAGCACGAGUGGCUCAAGCCGCAAGACCCCUGCCACUCCCUCGCUCGCUCUGUCCUCCUCAUGCCCUUGCCCUGCAGGGCACCCCUCCCCCCCAGCCUGCCCAAGAACCUCCUCCCCCUGGACUCGCUCUCACUGCCCGCGUCCGCCCUGCCACGAGCCUCCUCUGCACCCAUUACCCCUGCCCGCCUGCUCUCGAGUACCUCCACCUUGUUCAGCAACAUGGCCAUUGGCCUCUUCCCCGCCUCCCCCAUGCCUCUCCCCACAAGAAAGCCUGCUGCUGGUGUUGCUUCCGGUGGUGGCCUGUCUGCGUCGUCGUCCCUCACUCCGCCUGUUUUCGGCCCUUCUCUUUCCAGUAUCCUAUCCCAAAGUCCUCAGGUGAAUUCUCAGGUAGGUCAGCGAGAUCUGCGAUCCGGGUUGUCACUGAAUGAGGCUGAUUUUGCUGCCCAAAGUCCGCUGGUGGAUUUUCAGGCAGGUAAGCGGGACCUGCGGUCCGGAUCCUCAUUGAAUGACGCUGGGUUGGCUGUGGGGUCUAUUGGGAGGAUAUCGGAGCGACAGGAGGAAGAGGAGGACGCGGAAAGGGAGGGGGGAGGAGAGGGGAGGACGAACUAUGGUGUUGGCUCUAUGGUGCUGGAUUCAACACGCAGUGGUGUGGGUGGGGCAACAUCAGCAGCUGGAGAGAGAGGGUCAAGUGGCGCACAAGGUGCAGAAGCUGUUUUCGAGGCGCUUCAAGAAGGGGCAUCCACCAGAAGCAGCAGCAACAAUGCGGACACACCACAGUCUGCAAGUCGAAGCAGCGACACGACUUCCGCCUCCGCUCCCUCUCCCUCCUCCCUCUCAUCCACCCCACCACAACCCCGCACCUCCCUCACACCACCGCCCCGCCCGUCCCUCUCCCUCGCAUCAACCCAGCAACCCUCCUCCCACUCGCCCCCACCGCUCACCCCACACGAGAAGGCGCUGGACUUACCAGCCCCCAUGGCGGGGCGGCUGGCAGGGGGCCCUCUGGGGCCGCACGAGCACUACAGCUGGCGCCUCUACGACGUGCAUUUCUAUGCGUCCUUUGCGCUGCUCGCCCUCUUCCCGCUGCUCGAGCUCAGCCUGCAACGGGACUUCGCUGUUAGCACGCUGCUGCAGCAACGGCGCAUGACGAGGUUUCUAGCAGACGGGGCAUCGGGGGUGAACAAGACGCGCGGCAGUGUGCCGCACGACCUGGGGUGCCAUGACCCGUGGGUCUUUCCCAACGCAUACAACAUCCAUGACACCGCACAGUGGAAGGAUUUGAACUGCAAGUUUGUUUUGCAGGUGUGUCGGGACUACAGGGCGACGGGCAACGUGCGGUUCUGCAGGGCGGUGUGGGCGGCGGUGGUGGCGGCAAUGGAUACGGUGGAGAAGUUUGACCGUGAUGACGACGGGCUCAUAGAGAACGACGGGUUCCCCGACCAGACCUACGAUAACUGUGCUGCACGGGGGGUGAGUGCUGCACCGGGGGUGAGUGCUGCACGGGGGGUGAGUGCUGCACGGGGGGUGAGUGGUGCACGGGGGGUGAGUGCUGCACGGGGGGUGAGUGGUGCACGGGGGGUGAGUGCUGCACGGGGGGUGAGUGGUGCACGGGGGGUGAGUGGUGCACGGGGGGUGAGUGGUGCACGGGGGGUGAGUGGUGCACGGGGGGUGAGUGCUGCACGGGGGGUGAGUGCUGCACGGGGGGUGGGUGCUGCACGGGGGGUGGGUGCUGCAAGGGGGCCGGUGCACGGAGUGAGUGCGUACUGUGGCGGCCUGUGGCUGGCAGCGCUGCAGGCAGGAGCAGCCAUGGCGGAUGCAGUGGGCGAGGCCAAGUACGCCCAGUACUGGCGACGGCAGUGUGAGCGGGGCAGGGAGGCGUUUGUUGCCAAGCUCUGGAAUGGCAGGUACCUGUGGAGCUGUGGCCUGCCGCCGCUCUUUGACUCAGCCAUGGCAUGCAAGGCUCUCCAGAUGAUCUUUGAGUACAAUGUGAUGCGGCUGGAGGGGGGCAGCAUGGGGGCCGUCAAUGGCAUGCGACCCAACGGCCAGGUGGAUGACACGUGCUUGCAAUCGCGGGAGGUGUGGACAGGUGUCACGUACGGAUUGGCUGCCACAAUGAUCUACGAGGGGAUGCACUCACAGGCCUUUCGCACGGCACAGGGCAUUCACCAGGCGGGCUGGGAUGAGCUAGGGUGA